AUGUCGACUCAACUAACCGAAGACGAGCGGGAACGCUACACGCGCAUCAUCGAUGAUCUCAUUCACAAGGCCGACCUGGAGACUGUUACGCAGCUGAUCGAGGCCCGCUUUGACGCCAUCUCGGGUGUCCAACAGCAGCCGACGCCGGAGGAGGCCAACGGCGCAGGCUCGCCCGAGUCAGCUUCGGCGAACGGUGACGGCGAGCCGACCGCCAAGAAGCGGAAGCGUGAAACUUCGUCCAUUGAGGACGCCGACGCCCGCCUUGCCGCAGAGCUGCAGGCACAGGAGAACAGCCUGGCGCGCCAGCGCGUCACCCGUGGUGCUAAUAAGGCUAAGGGCAAGGCUGCCAAUAGCAAGGCCGCUGAUAAGGGCAAGAAGGGCAAGGCAAAGAAGAGUGCCAAGCGCGUACGGGAUGAGGACGAUAGUGAGGCUGGUUCCGGCGACGAUGGCGAGAAGCCCAAGCGGAAGGCUGGUGGCGGCUUCCAGAAGCCGUUUAACCUGAGCUAUCCUUUGCAGGAGCUUACUGGCGAGACCCAGCUCUCUCGCCCUCAGGUGGUCAAGAAGCUUUGGGACUACAUCAAGGAAAAGGACCUUCAGGAUCCCAACGACAAGCGUCAGAUCAUCUGCGAUUCCAAACUCCAGGCUAUCUUCAAGCAGGAGAAGAUUAACAUGUUCUCCAUGAACAAGCUGUUGGGGAACCAACUGUACCCGAUCGAUGAGUAA